AUGGGCCCAAUAGACGCUGAGUUGAUGCUACGUGAACAGCCGGCAAUCGAGGAGGCUGAAAUCCCUUCUGUAUCGUCUCUCAACAAUCGAGUUUAUGAAGACAGAUCCAUAUCCGCAGAGGAGACGAAAGUCAUAGCGCAAGGCAUUCUUGCAAUCGCCUCUGACAUCAAAGACAAGAACUUCGACAAAGAUAUUGCUAAUAAACUUCUCCGCGGUGACCAUGCCACUUUGAUCGGAGCGCUCGUCGCAGGCGUGAACAACACUGCUGUUGCGGAGCAUAUGACUACGCAUGACACUGCUACGAUAAAGGAGACAUUAGCUAAUAUUGGAGAGCUAGAUGCAGUGAAACUGGAUCAAGAACGUUUCAAGGAGGACAAUCCAGAUGAAGUCACGGACGAUACAGGAACUUUGACGAAAGACGUUGGCGGUUCCACAACUGCCGCUCCUCUCGCUGUCAGACACGAGAUCAAGCUUGCAAAAUACUCAACUGCCCAAGCACUCCUUACCGACAUUGGGCGAUUGAAUAUGGAGGAGUGUUCCUUGACUUGCACAAAAAUCGCGACGAUGGAUCUGUCUCUCUCCGAGAAGUUGUUGGCGAUAUGA